AUGGAAGCUAUCGACGAUGACUUCUUCUCGGACGACGGCUUCGAUGACCUACCACCGGACGCUCUACUCCAGUUGGAGCAGGAAGCCUAUCGCGCUACACAGGCCGAAAAUUCUACGCAGCCAGAACCUACUAUACAAGUGAACUGGGCUGCGCAAAAUGUCAUUAGCCACUAUCCCCCGGCCGGGGCUCACAGGCGGCCAGGUGCGUCCGCCGUCCCGACCGUCCCGUUGCAACCGCCCGCGCAGCUACAUACUGGAUUGACGAACGACUAUGGGGCAUUGGAUGUGGGGGAGUUGGACGCGGAGGUUUUUGAUGCUGGACCAAGCCCGGCAGUUCCCCUAGACGAGACAAUCGCUUUUUCCGACCGAGCUUCACACUUUCCAGACGAUACUAUUGUCUUGGACGACGACGAGCCCGCACAGGUUCAUGGAGGUCCUUCUUUCCACUCCGACUUGCACAAGGAAUAUCAAUUGCUUACAGAAAAGCUUCAGCAAGAAAAUGAACGGUAUUCCCGUCUCGAAAGCGAGCUGGCAACCGCCAAAUCCUUGGCCGAAACGAAAGCCGGCGAGGCCGCCAUAAUCCGGUCCAAACAAGCAAAAGUCAUUGAAGAGUAUGAGCGGCAAAUAGCAGUACUGCGUAAAGCGGUCACCGAAGAGAUGGCAAAGUACAAGGAGGAGGCAGAGGCCGCGCGCGCCGAGGGCAGAAUGCUGGCCACGGAGAAUGCCUUUCUCAGACAGGAUCUGGCCGAAGAAGCUCUACGGAUGAACCAGUUGAAGGCAAAAGCGCGUGUCGAGGAGGAGCCACCGAUAACUCCUAGGAAGACUAAAGUCCUACCAUUCAGGGACGGAUUCAACGAUGACGAGAUUCUAGCAGCAUCUCCUAGCAAGUCGGGAAAAUCCAAACAGAAAACUCCAUCUGUGUCUGGUAAGAAGCGGAGGAGAACAAGCCAGGGUAGCCCGACACCCCUUCGCCGGACUCCCCACGCGGAGCUACCGGACAUUGAGGCUGCUGCGGAGGGGGUGGACGAGACAAUGUUCGAUGCUGGAGAUGGACCUAUCACCGCAGAGCUGAUACAAAAAGACACACAUCAGAGUUUGCAAAUGGUCAAACGGAUUCUCAACCAUCGCACAUUUCCUAACAACAAAACCGACCUUGAAGUAAUGGCUGAGCUAGCAUUUCCGUCGGAACCGGACCGCACGCUGUCUAGCAUUCUCUUGGAAGAGACAGCCAAGCUCGACCUUGAUAACUAUGCAGUAGAGCACAUAUAUGCUAUAGUGUCGCUGUGGUCUCGAGCACUGAAGGAGAAGUUUUACCAACCAAUUCCGCUGUUCUUGGAGAUAACACGAUAUAUCCUUGCUGUGGAUCCGCCCUCGGUCAUGAGCUUGAUCGACCGUUUGCUGCCGAUAUUGCAGGAUUCUGGCGAUGUCAACGGUAUUCCUCGUUUCAGACACUCACCCGUUUCACGUCAGAACUUUGGACAAAUACGACAAACCCCGAGCUCUGAAAUCGAACCGCUGGUGGACUCGACUGAGGCGCUUGGUGUACUGUAUCAUAUAGCCUGCCGAAGUCUGAAUGUGGAUCGUGACCUGGAGCAGUUUUGGCGUCAUAUCCGCUACGACUUUGUCCUGAUGAUGCUGAACUGUUCGCAACGCAUUACAGACAUUAAAUUGACCCUGAGCCUUCUCAUGACGAGCGUCCGUGGUGACUCGUUCGGUUCAAUACAAGAAACUGAACAGGACCAGAAUGCAAACGAAAACUACAUUGUGGACCGCGUGGCUAACCUCAUGAGCGAAACGCCACAGCCAGACGAAGGACAGCCUCCGUACUCGCGGGCAGAAAUUUGCGACCUGAGGUUGGAAGCGUUGUCAUUCCUGAUGAGUGUGGCGUUCAAUCCGAUAGUCCCUGCAAGUACUCGAGGCAGUCUGGUUAUAGCAUCGCAUCCGACCGCUUUGGCGCGACUGAUUCGGGCUAUGCACGACGAGCUGGACGCACUGUAUGCCUUCUCGCCCGAGAGGGAUAUGCAUGCAUCGCUGGUGAACAACCUUAUGCGCUUGAUAUACAGUGUCAUACGACGGCACCCGCAAGAAGUGGACCUCCAAUCCAAGCUUUACCGGGUGGCAGGGGGCAAACAGAAAUUCUUGGUUGUGCUGACACGACUGGCUUUUAGCGAGGGCCUCGUUCUCGAGGCUGACAUUGAGGACGAAACGGUGGAGAUGGCGCAUGAGAUUCUGGACGACGCAGUCAAUCCGGAAGAGGCGGAGGCGCUGCUAGAGGCCUUUCCACAUGCGAAGUGGGAAGAUACGGAGAUGAAGGAAUGA